GCCAAUGAAGAAAGAAGAUAACAAUGGCCUUUGAAAUCAAACUCAAAAUGUUUUCAUUCUCUCUCACAAUCCUAACUACUCUUCUCUUAAUCUACUCUCUCGGAUGCAGUUAUGCCUUAUCAGAAUCAACAAAAUCUGCAGACCCAACUCCGGCACCAUGGCCGCACCAGUUCCACUCAAUUCUGUUCAUGAACAACACCGCCGGUAAUCUUCAGGCGGUGGACUUAUGGUACGACUGGAUUAAAGGCCGGAAUUUCAACAUUAUCCAAAACCAGCAAGGGAAGCUUCUCUAUGACCUUGAAUGGAAUAAUGGAACUUCCUAUAUCUACACUCUGGACUCAGCGCAAGAAUGCCGGACCCUGCAUUUCCCGGUGGGUAUUCUAAGACCCGACUGGCUCGAUGGAGCUACUUAUCUUGGUCAGCGCCAAGUUGAUGGGUUUCUCUGCAAUGUUUGGGAGAAAGUGGACUUUAUAACCUAUUAUGAGGAUGUUAUAAGCAAGAGACCAGUUUAUUGGGAAUUUUAUACAGGGAUGGUUGCUCAUGUGAUGACGUUUGAAGUUGGAGCGGUGCUGGAGGAUGAACAAUGGCAAGCUCCGGUUUACUGUUUUCAGAAUACGGAGGUGGAGGAGCGAAAUUCUGUUCUUGAAUCUGUUGUUAAUGGUAAAGCUUUUCAAGGGUCGAUGAUGAGAGGAGGUGUUUAAUUAUUUUAUUGUGUAGUCUUUAUAAUUUGGAACUUGCUCAGGUUGAUGAUGAUCUUUUAGCCUUGGAAUCUGAAUAAAGUUUAGUGUUCGUAGUCUUGA